AUGAGGCAGUACAAAAAAUCCAUUAUUGCCACGAUCGUGAUCGCGGUGGUCGCGAUCUGGUGUCAAACAACGGUAAACGCUCAGUUCUAUAGCUUAAGCUUCGGGACGGACGAAAGCUACAACACUGCACCGGUACAGCCGGCCCCAACCGGACCGACGCAGCAGGAAAUCCGUAUCCAAAAGGUGACACCACUCGAGGCGAUGAUCGACAAGACAAAUCACCUCGGGUUUCGGGUGCUUCACCAGCAUUCGAAAGGGAACAGAAACAAUAUAGCGUUCUCGCCGUGUGCCUUGGCCAGCAUUCUGGUUGCGCUGUAUGAAGGAUCGGCCGGACAGAGUGCGGCCGAGUUGCACGAACAGCUGGUAGUGCCGUACGACAAGGAUGUGUUGCGGGUCGGUUAUAGGGACAUCCAUCGCAGACUGCGCAGCUAUUUCUACCAAAGGGAAAAUCUAUUAAAUGGGCUUAGUUUGAGUAGUGAAAAUAUAACGAUAAGGCCGGAGUAUGAAUCGGUGCUUAAGUUUUAUGGGUACGAUUUGGAAAAUAUACCCGAGAUGCGAACGCCAACUACCACAACUCCACCACCGUCCACGAUGACGGAACUGGAAACGGAUGAUACGACGACCGAUGCAGCGACCGAAAUGGGAAAUUCGACGGAGUCGAUGGAUUUUUCCACCACCAUGAUGGCAUCUCCUGAGGAGUCAACUACGGACAGUACGGUUGAUGGAUUAACAACAACGACGGAGGCAUCCGAGACCACGGACGAAACUGUCGACGUGGAUACGGGUACGACUAUUCCAUCCGAACCAGCGGAGGAAACUACCACGAUAGCGGAAACAACGGAAGAAACUUCCGAAACCUCAACAGUGGAAGGCGACGAACCCACCGAAGCAACGGGUGGUGAAAAGCGUCGCCGAAAUCUACGCAAACGUGGACAGCGCUUACUCCAGCGCCGCAAUCCAAACUCAUCCCAACGGAGACGAUCGCUUCGUCUGAAGCGUCAGCCGGAAGAGAUCGAUAUCAUCAGCCAUCAACGAUUUCUGCAAAACUUUCUACUGCAGGACGUAACAACCGGUGCGCCACCAAUCCUUGCUACGUCCGCAUUUCUUCCCGGCGCGACAGACACCACGGGUCGGAAGAAUCCUUUCCUUCAGCAACCGGAUGCGUAUCGCUUGCUGGAUGAUACGAUCGAGCACAACUUCUAUCUGACCGAAACGGAUAUUGUGAAGGUACCGUACAAGGUGUACAACACGAUCCUGAAGUAUGCUUACAUCGAAAGGCUGCAAUCGACCGUUAUCGAGCUGGAGUUGGAUUCCGAAGAUUACAAGCUGCUCAUCGUACUGCCCGACUACGAGUUUGGGUUGGGCAAUGUGUUGAAGUUGCUGCAGAUAGGCGAAAAUGUGCCGAGCCUGCGUGAAAUAACUGAUCAGAUGAGCCCAACCUGGGUGAAAACGAUCGUGCCGAAGUUUAAUCUCAAGGGAAACAUCAUCCUGACGAGCGAUCUGCAAAGCCUGGGUGUUAACGAUAUCUUUGAACCGUCCCGGGCUGACUUCUCCCUCAUGACGGAUGAUCCCUCAGUCUACGCGAAGCACAUCGAACAAUCGAUCAACGUUAACAUCCGGACGCAUUCGCUGCAGCAGCUAAAGCGGUUUACAUCGCUUUACAAAAACCCGGUCGAGCUUGCCGUCAACUAUCCGUUUCUGUUCUGCAUCUUAGAUAACGAGCUAGAUUUGGCGCUGAUGGUCGGAAGAAUACUAAAUCCACUGAACGCACGCAUACACUAA